ACUGAGUACAUCUUCUGUCACGAAUGCGCAGCUGAGUUUGUCGAGGUUAUCAAGCGCCAUAGUCAGGAAUACCGAGAGCAAGAGUCCGAGGACAGCUUCGACACAGCAAAUGCAGAUACAGAAACGGCAGGUAACGCCAAUGGUUGCUUCCAUUCUAUUCCCAAUGAUGAGAAUGAAAUAAAUGAAGCGUCCAUAGGAAUCAACCAGGGCUGCUCGGAGAACACACUACGCAAAGAAAUAGAGAUGGAAGAAAGUUCACUCAAAAGGGACAAGUACAGUCUGGUGAUGGCAGACAGAGACUUUGAGAAACCGUCGAUGGAGCCCCGAAACAGAUCUCUCCCCAACCAAACAAGUGUCCAGUGGGAACAGACUGAGUCUAUUCCGGUUAUUUGCGACCAAAUAAAAGAUUCAAGAGUUCAUGCUUGUGUCGGAUGGACAGAGUCUGGGGACUCAUUCGAAAAGUCGAACAACAUUGCCUCACUCUCGCGGCCGGUAGCUAGCAAUGAGGACUUGGAUAUAACUUUUGAGUGCAUGAUUGAACCCAAUCAAAAGACAUCUUUUGGAUGUUGGCCACAAGCUGAAUAUGGCUUCCAUGAGCCUGAAGCAGAAAACGGCUUGUCAAGCAUUAGUAACUGUAACAUAAUAAACGGAGGCUGCUGGAGCAUGCAACCAACCUAUGAUACCCAGAGGAGAAUGGAUGGAGAGAUAUGCGAACCGCAUGGAGAUUUGUCUUAUCUUUUUUCAGAGCCUCCUAUCAGUGACAACGGACAGAAUUCCGCAAGACUAAAUCUCUUUUCAUUUGCACAGCCCAAUUUCGCCCGGUCACGUCGCACGCUGCCUCCUCGAUCCGCCUGCAUACAGAACGGACUUCUGCCCUGUUCUGGCCAAUACUUAACAGCCACCAGCCUGCCAUCUCUAUCACCUGGUUCGAGUCAAUUUAGGGCCACCGAGAGAGCCGAGUCUGUACCAAAUAGUUCCCAAGUCACAACCGGACUCUUUUCCAUGUUUUCCGGCCUCAUCAAUGCAGUAAAAAGUCACAUUCCUAGAGAAGUAAAUAUAAAAUUGCCACCACAAGAGCAGCGACUAGCAACUCAGCACCAAAAGCAAACCACGAGUGCUUAUACUGAAAUAUAUCGUCCCCCCGAAGUGCCUUUCAGCCAGGCUCCCAGGAAUUAUCCAGAAGAGCGUAGAAAUCUUCUUAGACCCCGACCCCCAGCGCUAGGGUCCAGGUGCCUACCAGAGCUACCGAUUGCGAAAACAGUCCCAAUUCUAAGAAAAUCCGGCGACAACUCUGGCUACCCAUACAAUUUCCUGGCUUCCGCCCGAGAUUACCAGACGUGUCAAGAUGAAGAUGACGGAUUGAUCCCAACAGCGGCCUGGCCUGGAGCUAGGGUCGAUCCCAGUUAUCCUUAUUAUGCCUCAACUCAUUCAAAAUAUCAGCAAUUAUCAUUGCCAGUAGAGAUAGCAGCCCAACCAUCGGCAGCCAUACCGCGCUAUGCUGGCCAGUUAGGAUACAUGCAAACAGGACAAUCAGGUAGUUGUGUAUCUGCUCUCCCUGGAUGGGCCGAAUGGAACCGUCCGGAGGCGUAUGAUGCAAUUCGCUGA